UUGCGCGCUAUUGUUAUUAUUAUUAUUAUUUACACCAGAAAGAGAGAGCGAGAAUCAAAAGGAGCACGCAGUAGUAUAUACUCUUGAUUGAUCAGGAGCAAUUUGUUGGAGGAAAUAAGAUCGAUCGAGCUCAUGCUAUUGCAGAGAACAAUGGGAAGUGGAAGUAGUAGCGAUCCGCCGCUCCCGCCGGGGUACCGGUUCUACCCGACGGAGGAGGAGCUGCUGAGCUUCUACCUCCGCCACCGCCUCGCCGGCACCAGGCCACAAGUCGAGCACUUCAUCCCCGUCGUCGACAUCUACAGCUACCAUCCCUCCGAGCUCCAGGCGAUGGCCGGAGUCGCGAACGUGGGCGACAAGGAGCAGUGGUUCUUCUUCUGCCCGCGGGCGGAGCGGGAGCUGCACGGCGGCCGGCCGGCGCGCACCACGCCGUCGGGGUACUGGAAGGCCACGGGGUCGCCGUCCUACGUCUACUCGGCGCCGGCCAACCGCGUCAUCGGGGAGAAGCGCACCAUGGUCUUCUACGAGGGCCGUGCCCCCACGGGCAACAAGACCCGCUGGAAGAUGAACGAGUACAAGGCCGCCGCCGACGACUGCAUCGCCACCGCCUAUGGCGCGCCGCCGCCGCUGGCUGCAGGGGCGCCCGUCAGGCUGCGGAACGAGUUCAGCGUGUGCCGCGUGUACAUCAGCACCGGCACGCUGAGGUCCUUCGACCGCCGGCCGCUCAACCCGGCCGGCGGCGUCGAUCAAGCUCUCCACUGCUACCAACAGCAACAAGUACUGGCACCACCCGCCGCGGCGGCGGCGGCGGCGAGCCAGAUGCCUGCAGUCGGCGUUGUCGCCAACGGGCAGGCGGCGGAGAACUCCCACGACAGCACGUCAUCGGAGUCUCGAGGGGUCGUCGUGGACGGAGCUGAAGAAGACUCCGGCGCCACGGCCAUCGACUGGGAGUCGCUGGCUGAUCUCCGCUUUAGCGUCGUCGAUGACUUGAGCCGUGUCAUUAAUUGGCCCUCAAAUUGACACGCCUCGUGCUUAAGCUAGCCUCCUAGGCCAAAUUAAUCAGAUGAUUAAGAACUACUGAUUGGAUCAGUAACGUGAUUAACAAAGGUAGAGUGCGUGCUAAACCUAAAGGGAAGUAUUUGAGGUGUAAGUUCAUUAGGUCAGUGCUGUUGCUAUGCUAGCAGAUUAGCCUGCUGGACAAGGAAGUACUAGUUAUUAGCCAGUUUUGGUCCUAUGUUAAAAUCCACUUGGGAAUGAAUAAAGUUUAAAAUCCAGAACCAA